AUGGAGGCGUUUACAAAGAUGGGAAACCAUAUGGUUUCUGAUUCUGCAGCUACGAUUAAUGCCGGUGGUGACGAUAUGUCCACCGUCGACGGUGACGAGGGCGUGUUGAAUAUGGGAGGCGGGCCACAAAAACGAAGACAUGAUGAUGAAGACGAGGGUUCGGAUGCUCUCGAUGAUGACGAUGAAGACGAUCUGGAGAGCAUGGCUAGUGUUGCAGUUGAUGGUGCCGGGAAAACGCAGACAACCAAGGCAGAGGAGGAAAAAGAGCUCCCCGCACACGCAUGCGGUGCUCGUGGAAACACUUCCUCCUCCCAUAUCGUGAACCACCUAGUCAGAGCCCGCCACAAGGAAGUUCAACUCCACCCGGCGUCCUCUCUCGGAGAUACCAUACUCGAAUGUUAUAACUGCGGUACAAAGAAUGUGUUCCUCCUUGGGUUCAUCCCGGCAAAGUCUGAUACCGUCGUCAUCCUGCUCUGCCGUCAGCCAUGUGCGGCGAUGCCAUCCUCAAAGGACAUGAACUGGGAUACUUCACGCUGGCAGCCGCUCAUGGAGGACCGUUCGUUUCUCCCCUGGCUGGUUGCCGCGCCAUCUGACCAAGAGCAGCUCCGAGCCCGCCACCUCAGCCCACAGAUGAUUGCCAAGUUAGAGGAGUUGUGGAAAGAGAAUGCAUCGGCAACCGUUGAAGACUUGGAGAAAGCUACAGGUGUAGACGACGAGCCGGCACCAGUUCUACUUCGAUAUGACGACGCAUACCAGUACCAGAACGUUUUUGGCCCUCUUGUCAAAAUCGAGGCGGACUAUGACCGUAAAUUAAAGGAGGCCCAGUCGCAAGAUGGCCUAACCGUACGAUGGGACCUUGGCUUAAAUAACAAACACCUUGCCAGUUUUGUUCUCCCAAAGCUUGAGCUUGGUGAUGUGAAGCUUGCUGUUGGUGAUGAAAUGCGCAUCAAGUACACCGGAGAGCUUCGGCCGAAGUGGGAGGGUGUCGGAUAUGUUAUCAAGAUUCCCAACAACCAGUCUGACGAAGUUACUAUCGAAUUGCGUUCAAAAGGGGACCACAAGUCGGUACCUACGGAAAUCUCCCAUAACUUCACCGCGGAUUAUGUUUGGAAAGCAACAUCCUUCGACCGUAUGCAACUCGCGAUGAAGACAUUCGCUCUGGACGAGAUGAGCGUCUCAGGCUAUCUUUUCCACCGUCUGCUUGGACACGAGGUUGCUGCAGCGCCUAUGAAAACCCAGAUGCCGAAACAAUUCAGCGUUCCCGGUCUCCCUGGUCUCAACAGCAGUCAAAUUAACGCCGUCAAAGCGGUUCUACAGAAGCCGUUGAGUUUGAUUCAAGGUCCCCCCGGCACAGGCAAAACCGUUACAUCAGCUACGAUUAUUUACCAUCUUGCGAAAGUCAAUGUAGGCCAGGUCCUGGUGUGUGCUCCAUCCAACGUCGCCGUCGAUCAGCUUUGCGAAUGCAUUCAUAGGACUGGAUUGAAGACUGUCCGCGUGACAGCAAAGUCUCGAGAAGAUGUUGAAUCGCCAGUCCGCCACCUCUCACUCCACGAACAAGUGCGCAACAAUGAUAGCAAUAUCGAGCUUGUCAAGCUCAACCAACUAAAGACUGAAUUGGGUGAACUUUCCAGCCAGGAUGAAAAGAAAUAUAAACAGCUUACUCGCGCUGCCGAAAAGGAAAUUCUGACCAAUGCCGAUGUUAUCUGCUGCACCUGUGUUGGUGCUGGUGACCCCCGACUGGCGAAAUCGAAGUUCCGCACCGUUCUCAUUGACGAAUCGACCCAGUCUGCGGAGCCAGAAUGUAUGAUCCCGCUUGUCUUGGGCUGCAAACAAGCUGUCCUCGUCGGUGACCACCAGCAGCUUGGUCCAGUUAUUAUGAACAAGAAAGCUGCCAAGGCUGGUUUGAACCAAUCCCUCUUCGAACGACUUGUUAUUCUGGGUUGCCCUCCUAUCCGCCUGAAUGUUCAAUACCGAAUGCAUCCUUGCCUGUCUCAGUUCUCUUCAAACAUGUUCUAUGAGGGCUCUCUGCAGAACGGUGUGUCCAGCGAGGACCGCCUGCUCAAGAACGUCGAUUUCCCCUGGCCAGUAGCAGAUAAACCCAUGGUGUUCUGGUCAAACCUAGGUAACGAGGAAAUAUCCGCCUCCGGAACAUCGUACCUUAAUCGAACUGAAGCCGCGAAUGUAGAGAAGAUUGUUACUCGCUUCUUCAAGGCUGGGGUUAAGCCAUCCGGAAUCGGUAUUAUCACGCCAUACGAGGGCCAACGCAGUUACGUCGUUAGUUCUAUGCAGUUGACCGGCACGUUUAAAAAGGAGUCUUAUAAGGAAAUUGAAGUUGCGUCCGUCGAUGCGUUUCAGGGGCGUGAAAAGGACUUUAUCGUUCUCUCCUGUGUCCGAUCCAACGACCAUCAAGGAAUCGGUUUCCUUAGCGACCCACGCCGUUUGAACGUCGCCCUUACCCGUGCUAAAUAUGGUCUUGUUAUUCUUGGGAACCCCAAGGUCCUCUCCAAACAUCCAUUGUGGAAUUACCUAUUGCGUCAUUUCAAGGAACAAAACUGUCUCGUCGAGGGCCCACUAUCUAACCUCCAAGCAUCUCUCAUUCAGUUCAGUCGACCAAAGCAAGCCUACCGCGGUCCGCAGCGCUUCCAAAUGUCGUUCAACCAUGCGUCCAACGUUGAUAGCAGCAUGAUGAAUGGAAGAAAUGGACAUCCCCAAGAUUAUCAGGACGCUGGAUCGGUUGUUAGCUAUAUCCCUGAUGAUGUGUCCUCGGUGCACUCAUCUGCAUUGGGUGGCGUUGCAAUUCCUUCUGGGUAUCCCCAUAUGUUCCAGAACUUCACCGAAUCCUGGCCUACUGCCCCCAACAACCGUCGUCCAAAUGGCUCCAGGAUGAGAGGCGCACCUAGUGUGGCAGGAGAAUCAGUCGCCGCGACUGAGUCCGACGUUACCGGGAGCGUUGUUGACGGCAGAAGUGCUGUUGGCCAAGGUGGAGUCAGCCUCGCUGGUCUGAGCAUUCAUGACGUCCACAAACAGACAAGUCUGAGUCAGUCUGACCGUCUAAAGCGCUAUGUCGAGUCAAGCGGUCGCCCUGAGCCAUACCGAGGCGGCACUGACACUGGAAGCGUCUUUGGUGGCAGUGCUGCAAGCAUCCGCGUCCCACGCCAAAACCUAGGCCAUCUAGGUGACGACGAUGACGCGCGUAGCGUCUCUACUGCGUUUGCAAGUCAAGUCGGUGGAAACUAUGACUGA